AUGGUGGCUUUGUACAAGGGCGCCGGGGACAUCAGCGACCUGGACAACUGGCGCGGCAUCUGUUUGCUGCAGAUCCUCUCCAAAGUCGCGGCCAAGCUGGUCUCGGACGUCUUUCGCUGCCUCGGGGAGUGCGUGCUCGACGAGGGUCAGAUGGGCUUCCGGCCUCUCCGUGGAUGCAUGGACGCUGUCUUUGUCCUUCGGCGUGUCUUCGAGGAAGUCAGAGCGACGCGCGCCCCUGCGGCCGGUGCAGACGAGGGCGUCUAUGCUUUGUUUGUGGACCUACGCACGGGGCUGGCGCCUGCGCUGUGGGACUUGUACUAUGACUGCGUGGUGAAAGAUUGGCGCCGGCGCCUCGUGGAGGCGCGUGGUCACAAGGGGGGCUGCGCAUUCAUGUCCUCGCAUGACUUGGACCUCUCGCGCCCGCGGGGCGAGACCUUGCGAGCUGCGACCGCCGCUGCGCAUCGCAUUUCUGACGUCGCUUAUGCUGAUGACCUGGUCACUCUUCACGCCUCGCUGCAGGAGCUACAGGUCGCCGCGCAGCUUCUCGCGGACGCUGUGGAGGACUGGGGCGGCGAGCUCAAUGCCAAGAAGACCAAGUGGAUGUGCGUCCGCUCUGGCGUUCUCCCGGUCGGCCUCGUGGAGGGCAAUCUCACUGUCGACGGCCACGUGAUAGAGCAAGUUUGCGAGUUCAAGUAUCUCGGGUCCAUCGUGAGCAACGAUGCCAGCCUCGGCCAGCGAGCGGACGUCAUGGCGAGGAUCCGUGCUGCUUCCACCACUUUCGGACGUCUGCGGUCCGUGUGGUCAGACGGGCGCAUUGCAAUGACGACGAAGCGUCUGAUCUUCCUGGCGUGUGUCCGGCCCACCCUGCUGUACGGCGCUGAGUGCUGGGCGCUGCGGGGCCCUGAGGUACAAGCUCUGCGGCGUGCGUGGCACGGGUGGCUGCGCAGCAUUCUGGGUGAACGCUGGGGCUUGUGCCGCACGCUCAUCGAGCACUUCCGCAACAUCGUCCGCAGGGUCCCCUUCGUGCCGGAACUGUCGUGGGUUCCCGCCUCCAGCGACCAGAUUGGCUGGCGCGGCGUCGUCAAGAAGCUCAGGUGCGGCCUCGUCUUCACGCACGUCGGCCAUCGCAACGAGCACGUGGCGCAGAAGUGCCCGCUGCGAUCCUUGCCUGCUGAUGUUGGAGAUUGUCGCGACGGCGCCGGCUUUCGGUGCCCAUACUGCGAGAAACGCUGUGCUCAGGCUUCGGCAUUCGCCCAGCGCGUCCGCAAGUGCCCUGCGAAUCCGGCCAACGCUGGGGCAGCCCGGGCGCAGAGGUACACCCAAGAGAAGACUCUGCCAUGUCAACACUGUGGCUCCCCGUGGGCAUACGAGUCUCUGCGCCGGAGACGCGAGGAGCGGUGCCGGCACAGAGGUUGA